AUGCUGAGUAGGAACUCAGGGUAGAGCUAAUCAGCUGUGACUCUACCUAAGAUUCAUUAAUAGAAAUCUUAAUCUCACACAAACUUGGAUGAAAACAUUAUAGACUUAAAAUAAAACAUUCGCUUAAAGACAGACUUUGAUAUGUAUGAAUAGCAUAGAAUGGAAACUACAGAUUCACUUGGUCACCAAGGAUUUUUGUAUAAUGCAUAAAGCCCCAACUUCUUAAAUAUUAGCUAUCAACAUAGUUCAAUGAGUAAUAACAGAGUUUCUGAAAAAGAUUCUCCUCUCACUAAGAAAUUAUAUUCUUCAGCUUUUAAAAGUAAUGGAGCACGUUUUUCAUUAAAUUGUAGUGUUAAUAGCUCACCAAAAAUAUUUAUGAGGACAUUAAAGGGUUUUUAGGAUAAAUCAGUUUCUAAUAUGAGUGAGCGCUCUCAUUUUCAUUUUACUAGGUUGAAAGAUGGAACACAAGUAGAUAGGUAUGGAAGAACAAAGGAAUAAAUUGAGGAGGAAAGAUCAAGAGAAAAUGAUUUAAUUUAAUUAAAGAAACUGAACGAAAGUGAUGAUAUGCAAUUGGAAGAUAAAAAAUCCAAAGAAAUAGUUGGAGAAGAAGCUAUUGAUUAAUAUUAUGGACAUUACAAAAAUCUUUCUAAGAUAGUUUAGCAAAAUAACUUUUACUAGGUUUAGCCUUCAUUACAAACAGAUAUUUUAAGAGAAGUAGAAAAGAGAAAUGUAAUUCCAUCGAAACUAGGACUAAUCAAACAAUCUGGAGAUGAAGAUACUUUAAAAUUAAGUCACAUGCAAUACGGAGAUUAGUAUGCCAGUGUUUUAUCAUAAGGAUUAAAAAAAGUUGCUAAUAUUAAAAAAUUUCAUUUGUAGGAUAAUAGAAUAUCUGAAAAAAGUGCUGCAGAACUAGUAUCAAUUAUUUCUAAAAAUGCAAAAGAAGUCAAUUUAGCUAACAAUAAUAUUGGAAAAAUUGGCUGUGAAAAUCUAUCUCGCUCUCUUUAAGAGCCUAAGUGUCAACUUGAAGUUCUUAAUUUGGAAGACAAUAAAUUAGGUGAUUAUGCCAUUAUUAUUCUAUUAAAGGGAAUUAUGUAAAACAAAAGCUUAAAAAUUCUUAAUUUAUCUAAAAACUAUAUCACUGAUAAAGUAUGCAUAGACUUAAAAAAUAUUUUAGAAUAAAAUGAACUCUAUGAGCUUUAUUUACAUUGGAAUUUAAUUAAAGCUUAAGGAGGAUAAUUGAUAUUUGAAGGUAUGAAAACUAAUGAAUAUUUAAAGGUGUUUGAUAUUAGUUAUAAUACAUUGGGCAAAAGCACCAAUAAAAACUCAUGUGCUCCUUAAAUUUGUGAAUUUAUCACUAACAAUUAAGAAUUAAGACAUCUAGAUUUGAGCAAUAACUAUUUUAAUUAUUAAGACUCUGUUGAUAUAGCUGCAGCUCUUGAAAAAAAUAAGACAAUUUAUGGUUUCCAUUUUGCAGGAAAUGUAGGUUAUGUAGAUAGUAGAGGUUUUUUGAUAAUUGAAGAAGAAAGUGAGUAAGAUUUAACAGCUAUGCAUACAAGACUAAGGAUAGACAGCUGUAAAACUGUUGAAACUAAUAUAUUUAGAACCAGUCGUGAUAAAGAUUUAAAGGAUUGUUGCUGGAUAUGCGAAGGUUGGUAGGAAAUUAAGUUUUAAUGGAAAUCAGGUAUAUCUGGUGAUCUUGUAAAUGAUCCAUUGUUUAUUCAUUUUAAUUUUGAAGAUUUUAGGGGUAAUUUCUUCGGUAAAGGAGUUGCUGUUUAAGACGGUUUUUCUUAAAUUUUUACAUAUGAAAGAGUUAUUCCUCCUGGAGAAUUAGAAUAUUUCUUUUCUGGAGAAGAUAGCUCUGAAAUUGCUAAAGAUUAAGAAAAAAAAUUUAACUAUGAAGGGUCUGUCAUUCCUAAUGUAUUCAUUUAUCAAGGAUAGACUAUUGAUGUCCCUCUUAAAGAAUUGAAUUAUAUGAAUGUUCAUGCAAGCAAAAAGCCAUUUUUAAAAUAUGAGCCUUUAAUUAGUAUCUUACCAAGAACCAAGGAUCCCGUUUAUAUUCCUCCUAAAAAGAAGAAAUUCAAAUACAAAUGGACCUUCCCAAUCUCAUUAUUUGCUAAGUGGAGAAUGGAUGAUGAAGAACUCCUUAGAAAAUGCUUUGACUUUGAUUGGGAUUAUGGAAAAAUACCAAAAUUAAUUAAAAAUGAGGAUUAGCUCAAACAAGUCAAAGAAUUUUUCAGAUCUCAUUACAGAGAAAUUAAAGAUUGCUAUAAGAGCUACGCAACAAAAUAUCCUGUAGGUGAUAUUUGGGCAAUACAAAAUCCUGCGUUCUUAGAAUUUAUUGAAAAAAUUAAAAUUAUUGAUAAAAAUCUCAUCAAAGAUCCUGAUAUUAACUUGAAGUGGGUUGCUACAAUUUCAUCUAUCCCAUAAUAAGAUAAAACUAAUCCCAGAAAUCCCGUUUAAGCUAUAAGCAGAUAUUAAAUGAUGGAAGUUUUAGUUAGAAUAGCUGAAGAGAAGUAUAUUUUGAAAUAUAAAACUACAAGUAACUACUUUGAGGCAGUUAAGAUGUUUUGGGAUGAGCAUUUAGCUUAAGAAAUUAAUUCAUAAUAUAACUUGUAAACAUGGAGAAAUGAAAGAUAUUGGAAUGAAGAAUGCGAUACAUGUUUAAAAAAUUACAAAAGAAUUGUUGAGCAUAUCUAUAAAAAGUAUUCUAAAAUGAAAGUUAAGCCUGGUUAAGCUCCCUUUAUGUGUUUAGAAGAACUCUAGACUAUCUGCAAUAAGGCUGGUUUAACAGAAGAAGCUCACUUUGGACCAAAUGUAGCUUUGCAAGCGUUUAACUUUUCAGUUAUGACACAGGUAGAUGAACUUUAGCAAGAUAGAAUAUACUAAAUGUAUAUUGUUGAAUUUUACGAAGCACUUGCUAGAAUAGCAGAAGCUGCUUCCUUGGAACCUAUUUAAGGACUAUAUUUUGUUGAUGAAGAAUGGAACUUAGAAAAAAGAAAAUCUUAAAUUUUAGCUCAUAAACUAGAAGCCCUAAUUGUGCGUUUACUUAAUACACUUAGCGAUGCAUCAUUUAAAGAGAAAUAUCCUCCAAUCACAAAAUCAUUUUUUGUAAAAGAAGAAGAUUCUGAUGUAGAGUUAGUAAGUCCUUGA